AUGGCGGUGGCAAUGCGGCUUCUUGUGCUCCUCGCGGCUAUGGCGGCCACGGCGAUCGGCAAAUCCGUCAAGAAUCCUGCUGAUGCAUUGGCCCGUGAGAUCAAUCGCAACCUCACCGCCGCCAAUCUCCCAACUCUCUACAACAAUCCGGGACUUGGCUGCGUGGCCUUGCAGUACAUCCAGGCAUACCAAGGCCAAUGCAGCGACGUCGGUCCAAACGGCCAACGUCCACCAGAGGCCUCUUUCAAGACAACGCUCGCAGACAACUGCGGAGUGGAUCCAUCUUCGGUGGCCGACAUCACUGGAACCAUCCUCGCCUGCGAGACCGAGUACCGCGACGCUCGCUACGCCUUCUCCAGCCUUCUCUUCAAAGAGUCCAGCACGCUGGCGACGCUCCAGAGCUCAAACCACACUGAGUUUGGAGUCGGGAUCAGCGGCUACGAGGGCGGCGCUCCAUACUUUUGGUGCGUCCUCCUCAGCAAUGGGACGCCAAAGUCGAGCUUCUCGUUCUCGGAUUCCAAGGCCAAGUACCAAAAGACCGGAUGCUUCAGCGGGACUGGGGAGGCUUGCAGCGGUGGAGCUGGAAGUUUCCGUCGGGUGGCCUCGCUGAUCCCCGCUUCCAUGUUCGUCGCGAGCGUGCCAAGUGGAACGCAUCGGCUCCGAGAAUAUUCCAGGGACUCGCUUAGCUGCUCGCUCCGCAAGCCCUAUGCGUUUCUCUCGUUUGCUCUGAUGGGUAUUUGGCACUGUUUGGCAGGAUGA